UCGGUGGCUGAGCGGUGUGUGCAUUGUUCGAGGCGCUGGAAUCGGGUGACUGCAGGCAGGAUGUUGCGUCUUCGCUGUAAGACCAAAAACGGUAGUCACGUCAUGCAAGGCUUGACUCACCAGUCGUGCGUGCAAGAAUUAAAAAGCAAAGUGGAGGAGCUGACGGGCAUCCCGUGUGAGGUGCAGAAAAUCAUGGUGGGCUACCCACCUUCCAGCCUGGACCUGCGCAACGGGGACGCUCAUCUCAAGGACUACCCCAUCAAGUCUGGCGACACGCUCAUUGUGGAAGAGGAGAAAAACAAGCCCAAGCUGGGCGACCAUCUCGCCGUGACCAAAACGCCUCGCCUGAGCGCCAUGCCGGUGCUGGCGCGCCGCACGGUGCCGGCCGACAACUCGUGCUUGUUCACCAGCGUCAACUACGUGGUGGAGGGCGGCGUGUACGACCCGGCGUGUGCCCCGGAGCUGCGUGGCCUCAUCGCCCAGAUCGUGUCCAGCGACCCCGCGGCGUACUCUGAGGCGGUUCUGGGCAAGAGCAACGAGGACUACUGCGCCUGGAUCCGGCGCGACGACACGUGGGGAGGCGCCAUCGAGGUGUCCAUCUUGUCCAAGUUCUACCAGUGCGAGAUCUGCGUGGUGGAUACGCAGACGGUGCGCGUGGAUCGCUUCGGCGAGGAUGCCGGCUACCGCAAGCGUGUGCUGCUCAUCUACGACGGCAUCCACUACGACCCGCUGCAGAGGGAGGCGCCGGGCUCGCGUGGUGCCCCGCCGCCCCCUCAGACCGUCUUCUCCACCGGCGACGACGUCAUCCUGGCGCAGGCCCUGGAGCUGGCCGACGAGGCCCGCCGCAAGCGGCAGUUCACGGACGUCAACCGCUUCGCGCUGCGCUGCAUGGUGUGCCAGACGGGCCUGGUGGGACAGAAGGAGGCGCGAGAGCACGCCAGGGAGACCGGUCAUACCAAUUUUGGCGAAGUCUGAAACAUUUACUUGCUUUGUUUCUUGUGCCACUCCUCCACGUCUGUGGCCGUCUACCUCGGUGUUUCCCAACGUUUCUUGAGCCAAGGCACGUAUUUUACAUAAGAGAAAUCUCACAGCACGCCACCAAACAAAAAUGUCAUAGAAAGUAUGUACGGUGUUUCCCUAUCUAUUCGCAAUUUACAUUUUUUUUUUUUAACCGCUGAACCUAUAUGUGCUCUUUCUGAAACAAUGAAGAUCCCACAAAAGCCCGCUCUAAUAGAAAAGUAGAGAAAGAGCUAAAAGCUGUCUAGUACUAGAAAAGUAGUGCUUUGGUUUUAUUUUGUGGCAUCCUGGCACCAAAAAACUGUCGAAGUGCGGGUAGGAGCCACCAAAGCCCUGUCUCCUAUAAAAGUAGGACUUGCCUUUGAUGCCCUCUUCUGACAUCUGGUGCCAUGGAAAACUUAAGACAGGGCCAAAGUACCAUCUAAUAAUAGUGCUUUGGUGCCAAGGAACCAUGUUUAUGUUGAAGGUGCCAAUUUAUAACAACUAAAGGCAAUUAUAAUCUUUGUACGGGAGGAGGGAGGGGGGGUGGCAUCAAUUGGAUGUGUAUUCUGUUGUAUGAACGGCAACAGGUGGAUAUACAUAAAGUACCGUCUAGUGGAAGAGCAUUACCGUAAUCUCGUUUAGCGUGGGGGUUAGGUUCUGGACCAGCCAUCACAAUGGAUGAAAUCCGCAUAGUAGCGUGCAUGAGCUGACAGGAUUUUGUAUUUAUUUGUUAUUUUUUAUCCUUGUGUCGGGACAGUCAACGGUUUAAAAAAAAUAAUAAUAAUAAUCUUCUAAUUUCUCGUUAUUCCCCCUUCCUGAGCGGUGUAAAUGUACCAUUAUAUGAAUUUGUAUUGUUAGACAUUACAUAUAUUUGAAUGAAAGUACACUUUUUUUCACAACCUGUAGUAUCCAGUCCAGUUACACAAUGCAAACAAAUGUUUCAUUUUCUUUAUACAGUACCCAUGUAUAAUGGGCUCUAUUGACUUGAAAACAAUUUUGGGGGACGCGUGCAUGCAUGAGAAAUUACGAAAUGUUUUAUAAAAUUUUCAGUUUUGUUUUAGACUCGAAAGCGAUGAUCAAAAUCCCGCAAUAUGGUGAAAUAUCCGCAAUAUGAAAAAAGCCCCGCAAUGCACUGAAUCCGCUAUAGGUGAACUGCGAUAUAGCAAGGGAACUCUGUAAAUUGUUCUGCCUGUCAAUAUAUGUUGCUGGCAUGGAUGAUCAAGUUAAAAAAAAAUAAUAAUAAUUUUCAGCCCAACUCAAUGAAAUUGCCACAGCACAGUGGUUGGGAAUCGCUGGUCUACCUCACAUCAUCCACAAAAAACCUCUUGAGUUCUUACGCUUUUUUUUUUCCCAUUAAUGCCGUUUUUUUCUUUCACUGUUCAACACUGAAUCCAUAUUGGUCACCGUUUUCUAAUCUACAUGGUAGACUCGUUUGCUUCUCAGCUGUUCACGCCUUGGAGGUCCACCGUUACAGACACACAACUAAAAAAAAGACGACAACGCGAGAAACGGCAGAAGCACCAAAGUGCUGUUUCCGUGACAGACUUUUAAGUUCUCAUAUCAAAACAAUAGGAAAUGUUUUAAAAAAAAAAAUCCCAAUUUCUGACAAUUCUAAAACCUUAAUUGUUGCACUGUAUGCGUGUUUUGGUAACCGCGCCACUGUUUUUGCUGCGAUUCCAAAUUUGAAUCGCCGUCGCAGAUUACAGUCAGACAAAAUGCACAUAAGCUUUCGUUCACGCUAAAAAUAAAUUUCCGGGGUUUUAAGCGAAUGAGAGAACGGCAGCCACCCCAAAGCCUUAUAAAUACAGUAUAUGAUGUAUCUAAUAUUGUUACUACUGAGCUACAUAAUUUCUAAUGUGCCUGUGGAUGAAAAAGUGGCCAAAAUGUACGGGUGCGGUACGUACCGAGCCGUGUAACCUUCAAAUGAACGGAGCGAGCGUGCCUCGUUUAAAGUGUACGUCACAAUGCUUUGAUUCUCGCCCAGGUCGUUUCUCUUUAGCAACCUGCUUCUUAACGAUGAACAAGACUGAAAGUAAGGAAAACUCCUCACCCUUUAAGGAUUCCCGUUAAGGUCCUUUCCUGGCCUACGUGGUUAUGUUUGUUGCUGUGCUUAUCAGAACACUAAUACGCUUCUUCAUAACAAAAAGCACAAAGGUGAAAAGUAACCUUACACAAGAUGGUUUGACUUUUGAGGCUUUUUUUUAAAGGUUUUAGUUUGUUGUUUGAACUGUUGAUUUUCUUUGACUUUCCGGUUGGUUCCUUGAGAUUGCGAAACUUGAAGUGAUUGUUUUUUUUUUUGACAAAUAAUGGUGCUGUAGACAAAACUGAGUUUUCUUUUGUUGUGACUUUUAAAUAAUGUGAUGUGAAAAUGUCGACACUUGUUACUUUUAAGUUGCCCAAAAAAAUCAUGUUAGGAUUUUCUUGUUUUAAUGUGAAAUGCUGUAAUUUUUGUUGUCACUUUUCAGCUGGCCUUUCACAAGUUCUCAUCACAACUCUUCCAUGAAUGUUGCACACCAAACAUUACAUGACAACUGGAUUUACUUGACUUUUUUUUUUUUUGUUCUUCCUCCAGUGUUGUGUCUUAAUGAGCAGAGUUUCUACAAAGGUAUGGAAUUUGAUUUCAUAAAUUUCCAUGUCUGGGAAAGUAUG